UGUUUACUUAAUGCAGCCCGAUUUGUUGUCUGCAAGUGUCUGAUCAAGGGGUCCUACAGCUUCGCGCACGGAAAUUCUCAGCUCGCAUGGGUUCCUCUAUAUUUUAAUGUGUGUCAGUGCGGUUUUACAACUCUCCGCCCACGAGCCCGACAGCAGCUCUGAAGCAAUGUGGGUUUUAUUUCGUCAAAGCCCGGAGCUCUAACCCGAUCAGCCUGAAGCACUUGACUCAAGCAGAACUAGGCUCCUUCAUCUGCUGUGAUCGAAGCAAGUAUGAAGAACAAACCACGGCGCAGUUGAAAAGUGAGAAGUUAGUGGACAUGACUUUGAAAGGUCAGGAGAUGAACAUCUGUAGUUCAGAGGCAGAGAACUUCAGCAGCCUGACUGAGGAAGAUACAGUGUGGGAGAAUGUCGAGUGUAACCGCCAUGUCCUCAGCCGAUACAUUAAUCCAGCCAAGCUAACACCUUACCUUCGACAGUGCAAAGUCAUCGAUGAACAGGAUGAAGAUGAGGUUCUAAAUUCACACAUGCUGCAGUCCAAAAUUAACAGAACAAGCCGUUUGCUAGAUAUCCUUCAAACAAAAGGGCAGAGAGGAUAUGUUGUUUUUCUGGAGAGUCUGGAGUUCUAUUAUCCAGAACUGUACAAGCUGGUCACUGGAAAGGAGCCCACACGGAGAUUCUCUACAAUAGUAGUAGAGGAAGGACAUGAGGGUCUCACACAGUUCCUGAUGAAUGAAGUGAUAAAACUCCAGCAGCAGACAAAGGCAAAGGAAGUGUCGCGAUGUGACAUGCAGGUUAAGAUGAAGCAACUGGAAGAUGAGAAGAAACAGCUCAAGCUGGUGAACCAAGAGCUUCACACGUUCCAGGAACGUUACAACAAGAUGAAGGAGGAAAGAAACAACUACAACGAUGAGCUUAUGAAAGUCAAGGAUGACAAUUACAAUUUGGCCAUGAGAUACGCACAGCUUAGUGAGGAGAAGAAUAUGGCAGUGAUGAGAAGUCGAGAUUUGCAACUGCAGAUUGAUCAGCUGAAACACAGGUUAAACAAGGUGGAGGAAGAAUGCAAAUUGGAACGCAACCAAUCCCUCAAACUGAAAAAUGACAUUGAGCAAAGACCGAGAAAAGAGCAAGUGCUGGAAUUAGAACGAGAGAAUGAAAUGUUAAAGACUAAAGUCCAAGAACUACAAUCAGUCAUUCAGGCUGGAAAACGUAGUUUACCCAACUCUGAAAAGGCAAUCCUUGACAUCUUGGAGCAUGAUCGCAAAGAGGCCUUGGAAGACAGACAGGACCUUGUUAACAAGAUUUACAACUUACAGGAAGAAAAUAGACAAGCAGAAGAACUCAGGGAUAAGUAUCUAGAGGAAAAAGAGGAUUUGGAGUUAAAGUGCUCAACACUGGUUAAAGACUGUGAAAUGUACAAGCAUCGUAUGAACACUAUCAUGUUUCAACUAGAGGAAGUGGAAAAGGAGAGAGAUCAGGCAUUCAGAUCCCGAGAUGAAGCCCAGACACAAUUCUCUCAGUGUCUGAUUGACAAAGAUAAAUAUCGAAAACAAAUCCGGGAACUGGAGGAAAAAAAUGAUGAGCUCCAGAUUCAGAUUGUCCGGAAGGAAGGAAAAAUCGUGGCCAUGGAAUCAAAACUCCGCCGUAUGUCCAAAGAUACCAUUUCUGCAGACCAGAGUCUGCCACGGAAUAUUCCAGUCACCAUUAUCUCUCAGAAUUUCCACCAUUCCUUCCAAAAGACCAAUGGACAGGAGCAGCAGGAGCCAGAGAGUUCAUCAACCUCAGAGGAAUCUCCUGAAGACAAUGAAUUUUUUGUACAGGAAUCCCGACUAAGACGGAGACCAAACCUUAAAGUAUUUGGAAUUGGAAGGCCCAAAUCUCCAUGCACCCUUCCCAGAUAUCAAGAUUAUCAAGAUGAAGAUUUGUCAGAUGUCAGUAGUACCAAGAUGGAAACUCCUAAUUCCAUUAAUGGCUGUGAUCCUCUGAGUUCUGUGCAAACUUUGAGACCUCGAUUUCCCAGUGUGAUGUCAACUACCCCCGAACCACCUUGUAAUGAUUCAAUUCUACGGAGGACCAGGGAGGAAGAUCGGGAGAUGCCACACAGAAAUAUAACAGAGGAGGACGACGAUAGCAUCUGCUGCUACAACUUCGAUACCAACCAAACAGAGACAGAUGAUGAAUAUCAGGAGAGGACCUCCCAUGGACCACCAUCCGUCCAUUCAUCAUCAUCGUCCUAUCAGUCUGAAGCAUUAGAUGCAUGUGAUUUGGAUCAUGUCAACUCCAUAUUCAGAAAAUUCUCCUUGGAAAGACCUUUUCGUCCAUCUGUGACCUCUGCCUCCCAGAUCAGUAACCAUCCGAAACAAAUGCUGCAUACAACGCUCGACGGUGACAAAUUGGUGUCAGAAAUCUCUUUUGUUGGUGGAAAUGAGAGAGGUCUUUUCAUCCAGUCUGUACAGCCAGGCUCCACGGCUGAGAAGGCAGGACUGAAGGAAGGGCACCAGAUGAUUUUGCUAGAAGGAUGCAUCAGGGGAGAAAUUCAAACUGUUGCAUUGGAGACCUCCACGAAAGAAGAUGCCCAUUGGACAUUACAACGUUGCAACGGAUCAGUGACACUGCACUUUAAAUCAAACUUUGACGGGUAUGAGAAGCUGCAAAAGGACAUGGAAGAUGGUUCCAUCGUGUCUGGUGAUUCUUUCUACGUUCGAGUCAAUCUAAGUAUCUCUGGACAGACAGACAGCUGCUCGAUGUGUGUGAAAUGUGAUGAGAUUAUUCACGUUUUAGACACCAUGUACCAGGGCAAAUGCGAAUGGCUGUGUGCUCGAGUCGAUCUAUUCACUGACAAAGACCUGGAAAAAGGCACUAUUCCUAGUUACUGCAGAGCUCAGCAGCUGCUCUUGGUGAAGAUUCAGAGAUUGAUGUACCGUGGCAGCAGAGAUGAGACAGACAAUCAAUAUAGCACACUCCGAGGAUUAUGGAAUAUCUUCCAGCCUGAAGAACAGCCUCCUAUUGACCCCAAGGCUCCCCGUCUCUCACGAGCAAGUAUCUUCCUCGGUCAGAUAUUACAGUUUGUCAGCAGGUCCGAUAACAAGUACAAAAGACUUAACAGCAGUGAGCGUGUGCGAAUUGUCACCAGCUCCCCAUCUGGUCCAGUGAAAGCCCCCUUCGAAACACUGAAACUCGCAGCUGACAAGCAAGAUGAUGUAGAUGCAGAUGGUGACAUCAAAAAGAGUUUCAGCCUGAUACCAUACAGCCUGGUUCAUCCAUAUCACACCCAGCAGAAGCGCCCUGUGCUGUUCUCACCCACUCCACUAGCCAAAAUGCUUGUGUAUAGGUUACUUAAUUCCGGAGAAGCCAUGGAAUUUGAUAUCUGCAAACCAGAUAUUUUAAACAAAGAAGAGUAUUUGCAGAAACAGAAAUCUGAGCCAAUCAUUUUCUCCCGAGAAAAACAUUUAAACGCCUUUGAAUGCAUCUUGCCUGGCAACAUCAAAGCGGUAACCUCCAAGAACAAACAUUGUUUAUUGGAAGCUGGACUGAGCUGCACAAGAGAUUUAAUUAAGAAAGACAUCUAUCCAAUUAUAAUUGUCAUUAGAGUCUGUGAGAAGAACAUCAAACGAUUCAGGAGACUUCCAGCAAAACCGGACAGUGGUGAGGAAGAAUUAUUGAAAAGCUGUCGUUCAAAUGAGACUGAGCUAGAGGCUCUUCCCUGUUUGUACACCACAGUGGAAGUUGAUUCAUGGAGUAACAUUAAGGAGCUCAUUAAAAUCAUCAAGGAGAAAAUCGUGGAAGAGCAAAAGAAGACAAUUUGGAUUGAUCAGGACCAGCUCUAGAGUUACUACAAGCCUGCUACCACUAGGCCUUGACCAAGUAAUAACGCACCCACUGCAUCUGGACCUGCAAGCAGAAAAUCAAAGCUUUGAGAGGUGAUAGGUGGGCAGCCAUCUCCAGAAAAAUGUUUCUUUUUUACAUGGUUGAUUCAUCUCAGUGGUCACAUAGCUCAGGGACUUGUGCACGUAACAAUAUUCAUUGUUUACAAGUUGCCUCCUCACCUGCCUGUCAUCUCCCUGUGGUGCCCCUUCUCCUUCCCUUUCUCCUAUGGUCCACUUUCCUAUCAGAUUCCUUCUUCUCCAGCCCUUUGCCUUUUCCACCUAUCACCUCCCAGCUUUUUACUUUAUUCCCUCUCCUGCACCUACCUGGCUUCACCUAUCACAUUCUAGUUUUUCCUCCUUCUCCUCCCCUUACCUUCCUAUUCUAGCAUCUUUCCCCUUACAUUCCAGUCCUGAUGAAGGGUCUGGGCCCGAAAUGUCGACUGUUUAUUCAUUUCCGUAGACACUGCCUGACCUGCCGAGUUCCUCCAGCAUUUUGUGUAUGUUGCUCGGGAUUUUCAGCAUCUGCAGAAUCUUGUGUUUAUGAAAAUUAAUAUGUUGUCACAGUGGAUUCUCUCAUUUUGUUCUUCCUGACCUAACUGUGGUGUUCACUUAAUUAAUCACAUCAUUCUCUAUCAACAACCGUCAUCAGCUGAAUGGGACUAGCUUUGCUAGAUUCCUCCCCUGGUCCAUUCAUAGUCAAGUAUCUUUACAAGUGGCUUGUCUUGCCAUCCCCCUGUAUCCAUCUCAUUCAACCCCAAUCUACUUUUAGUUCUAGAAUCACAAGAUUAUUUCUACCUUCUUACUUUUCCUUGGUUGCCUUUGGACAUCUGCUUCCAUGUACGGUGAGGACACCAAGGUCUUCUUUUCAAGUAGCUCUUUUGACCCAUUCCCUGCCUUUGUAUGGUCUGUCUACUUGUCCAACAUUCAUCCAUUAUUUAAUAAAAUUCAGAAAAGAGCUAAGCCUUCAUUUUCAAUACCCACUGUCUGCUCUAAUUUCUUAUCUUCAAUACUUUCCAACUCUACAACUACUGUCUCAGAUUGAAGUCAAUUUUUGUAACAUAAGAAACCCUUAAGGAUUGAAGCAACACGCAUCAAAGUUGCUGGUGAACGCAGCAGGCCAGGCAGCAUCUCUAGGAAGAGGUACAGUCGACGAUUCAGGCCGAGACCCUUUGUCAGACCCCCUUAAGGAUUGAAGCUGAGUUUCUGACUCCACAUCUUUUAGAACUCAAUCACUGCUAUUUUCUACAUUCCAUCCUCAAAAACCUACCUCUACAACCAAGCGUUCAGUUAUUUCUCCGAAUAUCUUCAUUGAUUUAGACAGAAUUUUUAUUUGAUUGCACUCCUGUGAAGUGCCUUUAGAUGCCCCAACAUAUUAAAGACACUGUAUUGAUACUAAAACAAAAUUGGUAUUGAAAUACAAUGUAAAAUUGCUUAGCAGGUCAGGUGGUAUCUAUAGAUAAAAUGAAUCAGCCUCUGGAUCGGGGUGGUGCUCUCUAAGUUGCAUUAGAGGGCUCCAGGUUUGAAUCCCACUCCAGAAAUGUGAGUACAAAAAUGUAGGCUGAUGCUUUAGUGCAGCAUUGGAGAAGUGAAUGGGGAAAAAGUCCAAUAGCACUAUUGUGAAAAUGAUCAUGGAAGAAACCCCUGAUGUUGUGACCAUUGUUUACUCUUCAAUCAACAUUUCUCACAAUACAUUGAUUGCCCUCUCACUUGCUGUUCAUGGGCUCUAGAUUUAUUGAGCUCUUUAUAUUCCAAAUGGAACUUCACAUCAAAAGUAGUUCAUUGACUUUAAAUGACUUUGGAAUAUUCUGAAGGGGACAUGAAGGGUGCUAUAUGAACAUGUCAUUCAUUUUCUCAGAGCUCAUCAAUCUUCUCUACAGAUGCUGCUUAAAUAUGAAUGCAUGAUGUUAUGAAAAUCUAUAUGAAUGCAUGUUUUGUUCAACCCAACAGAAAUAUACUGUAUAUCAAAAAGUCCUCUUCCAGCCAUAUAAAGACUGAUGUGAUGGGAUGCUAAAAUAAAACAUAAUAAUAUACAUUUUUUUAAUGUAUCUUGCGAAUAAGUAAAUGUUAUUUUGUACUUUAAACUUGUGUACUUGUAACUUAUGUGUUAAUUAAGUGCUGAUUAAUAAUUCCCAAGUAUUGUAGUUACUAUUUCGUUUGUGGAUGGAUAUUAACUUCCUAUGAUUUUUUCUGAAAUUAUAUGUACUCAAAGCAUUGUUUUAUGUGUUUGGUAUGAGUGGUUCUAAGAUUAUGAACUGAAGAAUGUAUAAAAUGUGCAGCUUGGAGUGUACUAUGUAAGUAAUGCAAUACGACAAAUGACCUGAGAGCUUGUAUAACUAAUUAUUGCCUGUUCCUUGGUAAAUCUUAAUGUUGCGACAGCAUCAAAAUGAAUGUAGUUUCAGCAAUUGUCAAAACCAUCUAUUUUCACAAUUUUCAGUGAGCACCAUUCCCCAUUCUGUGAAUAUGGGUCAUAUUCUUUCUCAGAAGAAAUCGUAAAGGGCUUUUCAUAACAAAAGCUUAUGAAAGUCACAAGGGUGCUAUUUUAGCAACAAAACCAUUAGCUCUAAUUUGGCUGGUGUCAUUAGAUUUGAUUCUUUUGCCCUUUUUAAAAACAGAAAUACUAAAUGAGACAACUGCAUUAAAAUUCCAUACAUGUUCCAUUUAUUGCCAUAAAUCUGUUUUAUGCUCAUAGCAGUGCUCUUACACAAAAAUGUGAAAAUAUGAUUAAUUUGGAGAUAACUGACCUCAUCAUAAGAAUAUGAUUGCUGAAAAUUCUCUGGUUUUCCAUCAUGCCCAGAAUACGUUGUGUAACACAAUGUGAAACUUUCCCUUCAACAUGAAUGUAAGCAAGAGCACACAUUCCAAUUAAUUUCUGUAGCAUUAUUUGUCACGUGUAUGUCAACAAAUGAAUGUGUUUAAAGUAUGAAAAUAUGCACAGUGAGUUUUCAGAAAAUACUUUUGUCAAAGAAUUCUCUGUUUGUAAUGUUAAACAAUUUGAGUGUUUGUGAAUUUUGUUCACAAGAUUUGGAUUACACUGUGCAAGUCUAUUCUAACAGAAGGUUGCUUUUGUGAACAGUUAAAUAAUAAGCAAAAAUGUAGAUCUGAAUUUGAGUGAUGUGCAAUCCUACUACCAUAUACAGCCUUGCAACUCUCCAAGAUUUCUGUGCACCUCCAACUUUAGCCUUUUGCAAAUCCUAACUUCAUUGAUCCACCUUUGGCAAAUACCUUUUAGUUUCCUGGGUCCUAAGAUCUAGAAGUUCUUUCCCAAACCUUUCAAUCUAACAACUACUCUUUACUUUUAAGAAGCUCCUUAAAAACUACCUCUCUGACUGUACAGUGAACUUCCCUGAUGUAAUCAUUCAUAACUCAGUAUCAAAUUUUGUUUUGAUAAUGCUUCUUGUCAAAUGUCUUGAAAUGUUUCAUUUGUGUUAAAGGCACUAUAUAAAUGCAAGUUGCUAUUGUUAUAUUUAGUAAUAUUAUAAUGUAGAACCAAUUAACAAUUCAUAAACAUUUUUGGGAAAAAAAGUUAAAAAAUGACAAAAAGUUUAGUUCUCAAAGGGUCCAAGAAACUUAUUAUGUUACAUAUCAUUUUCUGAAGCCAGUUACAGUCUGAAUUAAUAGUGAUGCUUGCCGUACUGAGGUGCCUUUAAUGUUAAUAAAGAAAAUGAUAAAGGAACAUAUCAAUUGGAGUAAAUGUUACUGCAAUUCUUCAAGCUUUCAGGAUCUUCCGUCCCGUGACCUAGCAGUCAAUUCUGGGUCAGUUAGAAAAAUACUUACCAGUCUGU